ACGUCGGCAGUGACGGCGCUUCCUGUUUGCGGCUGAGGGGAGCCGCUGCCGUUGCCGUUGUCCCGGGCUGCUGGCGGGAGGGUGGUGGCCGCGCUGCGGACGUACCGGGGCAGGACUUGAAAGGCUCAGCUGUUGCUAACAAGACAACUACUGAAACAUGGUGGAUUACUAUGAAGUUCUGGGAGUGCAAAAGCAUGCCUCAGCAGAAGAUAUUAAAAAAGCGUACCGUAAAUUGGCAUUAAAAUGGCACCCUGAUAAAAACCCAGACAAUAAAGAGGAGGCAGAACGACAGUUUAAACAAGUAGCUGAGGCCUACGAGGUUUUGUCAGAUGUUGGUAAACGUGAGCUCUAUGACAAGUAUGGAAAAGAAGGCUUAAUAAAUGGAGGCGGAGGUGGAAUGCAUCACGAUAAUCCAUUUGGAUAUGAAUUUACAUUCCGUAACCCAGAAGAUGUCUUUAGGGAGUUUUUUGGUGGCAGGGACCCGUUUUCAUUUGAAUUCUUUGAAGACCCUUUUGAGGACUUAUUUGGAGGGAGGCGAGGUCCAAGGGGCAGCAGAAACAGAGGUGGUGGAUCGUUUUUCUCUGCCUUCGGUGGAUUCCCUGCUUUUGGAAGUGCUUUUUCUUCAUUUGACACAGGUUUUACUUCGUUUGGUUCUCUGGGACAUGGAGGCCUUACUUCGUUCUCCUCUACGUCAUUCGGUGGUAGUGGAAUGGGUAACUUCAAAUCAGUAUCAACCUCAACUAAAAUAGUUAAUGGCAGAAAAAUUACUACAAAGAGGAUUGUUGAGAAUGGGCAAGAGAGAGUAGAAGUCGAAGAAGAUGGCCAGUUAAGGUCGCUAACAAUAAAUGGUGAGGCAGAUGAAGAAGCCUUUGCUGAGGAGUGCAGACGGAGAGGACAACAUGCCCUGCCUUUCCAGCCGACCAACCCACGCCUGCUGAAGUCCCACAAGCCUGCCAGUUCCCCCAAAUAUGCCUAUCAUUAUAAUAGCGAUGAGGUGGAAGAACAAGAUAGAAGCCGGGUUACAAGCAGCUUGGAGACCCCUUUUUAUUUAUCAGGACACAAAGAAGGCAGCAAGAGGAGGAAGCAGAAGCAGAGAGAGGAACAGAAGAAGAAGAAGUCAACCAAAGGGAGUUACUAAAAUGGACUUCUCUGCUGUGCCAAUACCUUUAUAUAUAAUGACAACUUAAUGGUACAUUUGAGCACACCUCUUUUGUGUAUAUUUUUUGACUGUUCACACUGCUAGCAAGGAAGUGACUCCUGUUUAAAACUGUACUAAAAAUUGCACUAUGUUACCCCGGUUUAGUUUCACGGAGUGGCUUUCUUGCCAGUCGGCUUAGGGAGUUCAAACAAGGCUGAUCUCGGUUAGGAGUUUGUUGUGUUUGAAGAUUGGAAAGCAGAAUUUCUUACCUCUUCCUUCCCUGGGACUAAAAUGAUUCUAGUCUAGUGUCUGUUUGUUUGUUUUGUAGGAUAUAAAGGGUUGUGCAAAUGCCUGCUUUGUUGGGCUCCCCUGGCAUCAACAAUCAGGGCUGUUGAAAGAAGAGUCCUAUUCACUCAUGUCAUUGGGAACGGGCUUGAGCCAUGAGCUCUUGUAGGGUAAUUUAUGCAAGCUUAAUAAGUGACUUUUAUGGCUGUUGUUCUUCCCCAAGCUGGGCAGCAAAGGUUUGUCCCUGCUAUUAAAAUGUUCCUUCAUUUUAAAUUGUAUCAUGAAGUUAUGUCCUCUGAUUUUAAGAACCUUAGUGUAAUGACAGUCUCCUGUAAGCACUCCUACUGAUUUCCUUAAGCAUAGUGGAUUCCCAAUGAAUCACGUAGUGAAAUCAUUCCUUAUUUUCAGAACCUGCAGACAAAUGAUCUAAGUGCUACUUUAAAACUGGUCUUUGUUUCUGCUGAGUAAGUUCUAGAUAAGAAACAUUUUUUUUCAGCAUCCAUAGAAGAUUUUAUCAAACUGUUUCUGCAAAGAACUUAGACCUUUACCUACGACAGCAUUUUGCAUUGGUUUCAUUGCAGGAGUAAUGUUUUUUAGCUUGAAAAAACGUCUUCAAUUUAAAAGGAAUAUCUAAUUUCUGGCAAGAUGACUUCCUUGCUUCCCAUACUUGUCUCAUGUGCAUGACACAUUGCUUCUCUUAACCUUUUAGUUUCUACAGAGCCCUUCCGUUGCCUUAAGCAUUUACCUGCAUGCUUCUUGUCAGUAUGUUGCCUCCCCUAUUUAACCUCCAGGUAGGAGUUAGCAGCUUAUGUGUUUGUUAUGGUUCUUUUGUCUUCCCCAUGUCAAUGUGCUGUUGAUGUAACAAACUUAAACCUGGCAAUAUUGAAAGUUCACAGUUCCAGAGAGUCUCACUCACCCUGACAUUUAAAAGAUGUAGGAAUGCACAUAAUGGUGUAAAGAAGGAGCUAACCAGAAAAAAAAAUCAAGUCUGCAUUCUAGUAUGAGCUGAUGUAACAAAUUCUGGUGUCUCUGGUAUCUGAAUGGUUUAGCUUCAAGUGCUUACCUUGCCCCAUGUAACCCUAUGCAAACAUAUAGCCAUACAUGAGCUCUGUUAGGGUACUUGAAUUGUGGUUAAUCUGAAAAAAGACUGAGUAGCAGUUUUCUGUCACUGAAGUACCACCUUUUGUUUUGUGCAGUGUUACUAAUAUCUGAAAAUAAAGAAAAUUCUCCUUUA